AUGGCUUCUUGUGACACAACCAUCGGGCCACUGCUUCAUUGCCAAGCACGGUGCUUAACAUCAGCCAGCACGGUCUUUAGCGUCCCAACAGUGAGGAUGAGGGACGUCUAUUUAGGUGCCGUACCGGUACCGGAAACGUUUCGGGGACGGGUACUUCACGGGGACAGCACUGGUACAGCUUGGGGACGGUUAGAGAACAUAGCUAUGAGUACUACUGCAGCUGCUAAGCUCCUGAGAGGGAAUGGAGUCACACUUUUUAAGGUGCGAGAUGAGACAAUUAACCUGCUAGGGAAAUCAGACAUGUACUUUUUCAGCCCGGAGCAUCCUCCUCUUACUGAACCGGCUGGAAAGGCCAUUGACUGGGCCGUUGAUGAAAAGAAGAAAUCUGGUGUUGCAUAA